AUGUAUGUGAAAUGGUUUGAUACAGUAAUGGAAUACUAUGUGAUUUUAGUGAUUUUAAUGAAUGUCACUUUUUGUCAUUUUCAAAUUUCCCGCCGUUCCAUCCCCCGUACGUCCCGAUGCUCGCAGGGGAUGGAACCCAUAUGACAGAUGCCGGGGAUUACAUUGCUGGGGACACUGCAGGAGGGACAUUGCGGGAGCGCAGGACAAGGUAAGAGAAGAACAGAUCCGGGAGCAGCGCCGCAUGGUAAGCCUGAGUGUAGCUCGGGGUUACCGCUUGCGCUACACUCGGGAAUACCUCCAGGGAGGUUAC